AUGUCGACACGCCCCACACGACGGGCGACCCGGCGCACCGCCAUUGUCGAGUCGUCCGACGAGGACAUGCCCGACGCGCCCCAGGAGACCGAGGACAGUGCCGAUGACUUCACGCCGGCCCCAGCCGCCACGCCUAGGCGCACACGGAAAAGAACCGCCGCAGAGACACCCACCCCCGCACCCCCAGCAGUGCCCGCUCCGGCACCCAAACGCCCCACGACGACAACUACGGCUUCGGCUGCGACGGGCACAAGCGGCGAGGGGCCAGACGACGGGGAGGGCGAUGUCCCGGUGAAGAGGUCGACGCAGGGAAAGCGGAAGAGUGUGGCACCCCGCGGUGCUAAGUCGACCACGCCCGAGCUGCAGCCACCCGAGGGCCCGUCUAAGCUCUCUGUCUCGCCGGCGAACCUGCACAAUGUCCCGCUCGCCGACAUCACGAGCAGCGCCGCUAACCAGCAGCGGCACCAGGACGAUGACACCGUGGUAGCCGCGGCCAAGCCGAUCAAGGCAAUGGACACCGUUCUGGAGAAGCCGAUGGACAUUAUCCUCAAGUCACGCAGCAUGGCCAUCCCGACCGUGGUGGAAGAGACCGGGCCCAAGCCCCGCAUCGUCAUCACAUACCUGAUUCUCAACAACUUCAAGAGUUAUGCGGGGAGGCAAGAAGUCGGGCCAUUCCACGGCUCGUUCUCUUCCGUGGUCGGGCCCAACGGGUCUGGAAAGUCCAACGUCAUCGACUCGCUGCUCUUUGUGUUCGGCUUCCGAGCCAGCAAAAUGAGACAGGGCAAGAUUUCGGCGUUGAUCCACAACUCGGCCCAGUACCCCAACCUGGACCACUGCGAGGUAGCUGUGCACUUCCGCGAAGUGCUGGACCAACCAGGAGGUGGCCAUGAGGUCAUCCCGGACUCGGACCUGGUCAUCUCUCGCAAGGCGUUCAAGAACAACUCCAGCCAAUACUACAUCAACGGGAAAUCGUCCAAUUUCACGACCGUCACGACGCUGCUUCGUGACCGCGGCGUCGAUCUUGAUCACAAGCGGUUCCUGAUUCUCCAAGGUGAAGUCGAGUCCAUUGCGCAGAUGAAGUCCAAGGCCGCCAACGAGCACGAGGACGGGUUGCUCGAGUAUCUCGAGGACAUCAUCGGCACAUCCAAGUACAAGACACCCAUCGAAGAGGCUGCGACGGAGGUUGAGACGCUCAACGAGAUCUGUCUCGAAAAGAGCGGCCGCGUGCAGCACGUGGAGAAGGAGAAGAACGGCCUGGAGGACAAGAAGGAGAAGGCGCUGUCGUACAUCCGGGAUGAGAAUGAGCUUGUCAUGAAGCAGUCUGCCCUGUACCAGCUCUACGUCGCGGAGUGUGAUGACAACAUUGCCGUCACGGAGGAGUCGAUCGGCCAGAUGCAGGCCGAGCUUGAUGCUGAGCUUGAAAAGCACCACGGCAGCGAGCAAAUCAUCAAGCAGCUGGAGAAGACAUUCUCGAAGGGCAGCAAGGAGUACGAUGCGUAUGAAAAGGAGACACAAGCGUUGGUUAAGGAGAUGACCAAGUUUGACCAAGAACGCGUCAAGUUUGACGAGAAGCGCAAGUUUCUUACCGACAAGCGCAAGAAGCUGGAGAAGACCAUCGCCAACGCCGAGGGCACGACCUUCGAGGCCGAGCAGACCGUCGAGCAGUGCGCGAACGACCUCGAGACCGGCGCGGAGGAGAUUGCCUCACUUGAGAAGCAGGUCAAGGAAGAGGAGGCCCAGCUGGCCGUCAUCCGCGAGAGCCUCAAGGGCAAGACGCAGCAUCUCUCGGACCAGAUUGCCGCCAAACAAAAGUCGCUCGAGCCGUGGAAGGACAAGAUCAACCAGAAGCAGUCGGCCAUUGCAGUGGCCGAAAGCGAGAUGGCGAUUCUUCGGGAGAAGGCCAACGCUGGUGCGGUCGCCCUCGAAGAACUGCAGGGCAAGAUUGCGACCAUCGAGGAAAGCCAGGCGGCUAAGGCAGAGGAGCUCAAGCAGUGCCAGGUCGACAAGGCGGCGCUGCAGAAGGAGGGCCGCCGAGCGGUGAACGAGCUCGAGAAGCUGUCGCAGGAGGAGCCCAAGCUGCGGGCGCAGCUCUCGAACGCGCGGCAAAAGGCCGACGAGGCGCGGUCGAACCUCUCGGCCACGCAGACGCAGGGCAACGUGCUCACGGCGCUCAUCCGCAUGAAGGAGUCGGGCCGCAUCGACGGGUUCCACGGCCGGUUGGGCAACCUGGGCGCCAUCGACCAGAUGUACGACGUAGCCAUCUCGACGGCGUGCGGCGCGCUGGACAACUUUGUCACCGACACCGUCGAGGCCGGCCAGCAGUGCAUCGAGUACCUGCGCAAGACGAACCUCGGGCGCGGCAACUUCAUCUGUCUCGACAAGCUGCGGAGCCGCGACCUCUCGCCGAUCCAGACGCCCGAGAACGCGCCGCGUCUGUUCGAUCUCGUCAAGCCCAAGGACGACAAGUUCCUCCCGGCGUUCUACCACGCGCUACAGGACACCCUCGUCGCGACGGACCUGGCCCAGGCCAACCGCAUUGCCUACGGCGCCAGGCGAUGGCGCGUGGUCACACUGGCCGGCGAGCUGAUCGACAAGUCCGGUACCAUGUCCGGUGGUGGCACCAGCGUGAAGAAGGGCCUCAUGUCAUCGAAGCUCGUCUCCGGCAUGAGCCGGGAGCAGGUGUCCAAGUACGAGGCGGACCGGGACGAGCUGGAGCAAGGGUUCCAGGAGUUCCAGGAGCGGCAGCGCGAACUCGAGGGGCGGAUCCGUUCGCUCAAGGAGCAGAUCCCGGAGCUGGACACCAAGAUGCAAAAGAUCAACCUCGAGGUGGAGAGCUCAACGCGAAAGCUGGCGGACGCGCAGCGCCGGAUUAAGGAACUGGCGCGGGAGCACCAGCCAUCCAAGACAGACGACAGCCGCCUCGUGGCGCUCGAGAAGGAAGUCGCUAAGCUCAACCGGGACAUCGAGAAGCUGCACGGCGAGACGGCCAGCGUGGAGGACGAGAUCAAGGCGCUGCAGGACAAGAUCAUGGAGGUGGGCGGCGAGAAGCUGCGGGCGCAGCGGGCGACGGUGGACGCGCUCAAGGAGGAGAUCGCGUCGCGGAACGAGCUGGUGUCGAGCGCCGAGGUGCGCAAGGCCAAGGCGGAGAAGCAGAUUGUCAAGCUGCGGAAGGACCACGCCAAGGCGUCUAAGGAGCUUGAGGCUGCCAGCCGAGAUGCCGAGCAGCUGGAGGAGGAGAUCCGGAACCAGGGCGAUAAAGCGGAGGAUUUCAAGACACGCGUCGAUGAGGCCAAGGAAGCGCUGGCGGCUAAGAAGCAGGAGCUGACUGAGGUGAAAGCCGAGCUGGACGAGAAGACGGCUGAGCUCAAUGAGACGCGUGCUGUCGAGAUUGAAAUGCGCAAUAAGCUGGAGGAGAACCAGAAGGUCCUGGCUGAUAACCAACGCAAGCGGUACCACUGGGAGGAGAAGCUGGGCAAGCUAGCGCUGCAGAAUAUUGCCGAUCUGGAGUCCUCGGGCAGUAGUGGCAGUGCACAGCCCCCGCGGCCCCAGACCCCUCAGAAUGCGGACGAGGAUGAUGCGGAUGGGGAUGAAGACGACGAGGGGGGGCACGAUGAUACCGUGACGCCAGCAGCCAGUCAAAAACAGUCUCGGCGAAGGUCAGCAGCCCCCACGGAGCUUCCGCGGUACAGCAAAGACGAGCUGGCAGACAUGAACAAGAAGACCCUCCUGAGCGAGAUCGCGGCGCUCGAGGAGAAGACACAGAACGUCAACGUCGACCUCGGGGUGCUGGCCGAGUACCGCCGGCGUGUAGAAGAGCACGCAGCGCGAUCGUCAGACCUCGCUAGCGCUGUCUCGCAACGCGACGCGGCCAAGAAGCGGUGCGACGACCUGCGCCGGCUGCGGCUCGAAGGGUUCAUGGAAGGGUUCAGCAUCAUCUCGCUGCGGCUCAAGGAGAUGUACCAGAUGAUCACGAUGGGGGGCAACGCGGAGCUCGAGCUGGUCGACUCGUUGGAUCCGUUCAGCGAGGGGAUUUUGUUCAGCGUGAUGCCGCCGAAGAAGUCGUGGAAGAAUAUUGGGAACUUGUCUGGUGGCGAGAAGACGCUGAGCUCGUUGGCUCUGGUGUUUGCGCUGCAUCAUUAUAAGCCGACGCCGUUGUAUGUCAUGGACGAGAUUGAUGCUGCUCUGGAUUUCCGCAACGUCUCCAUCGUGGCCAACUACAUCAAAGAACGCACCAAGAACGCCCAGUUCAUCGUCAUCUCCCUGCGCAACAACAUGUUCGAGCUGGCCGCCCGUCUCGUCGGCGUCUACAAGGUCAACCACAUGACCAAGAGUGUAACGAUCGAGAACAAGGACUACAUUCUUGGGCGGGCCCGGCCCGGGCAUGGCCAGCAGCAGCAGCAGCAGCAGCAGCAGGCUGGUGGUCAGCAAGCGGGACGAGGGGGAGCGGUAGGGGGGUCUGGGACGCAGCAAUUGCAGCAGCAACAAUACACACAAUCGCAAUCGACCCAACAGUUACAGCCACCACCAUCGACACAACCGCAACAGACACAGCAACAGGUUCGUCCUUCUGUUCUUCAACUCCGUCCGCGAUGA